UCUAGUUUGAGUUGACAUGAGAAAUACUACGAGAUAUGAUGUCACAAUACAAUAUUAAUAUUUGGAAGAACUAUGUGAAGGAGUCGAACCAACAUAGAUUAUAAACAUUACAAGCUGUUAUUUGUAAAAUGUGAAGUAUUUUACCGUGUUUUUGUGCAAAUAAAUUGUUUGUGGGAUUGAGUGUUCAAUUUCUGGGCCGCAGAACUUUGUUAUUGCAAAAAUAAUCCUAUUUUAGUUUUCCACUUGUUUUUUUUUUUGUUGCAAACAAUAAAGGUCACAGACUUGGGUGUAUAUAGUGUAAAGAGAUUUUCGGAAUCAAAUCCAUUGUAUGCUGUGUGGCAAUAUUUUGUGAUUGUGUUUUGCUGCAAAGAAACUAGUUUUGCUUUUAACACUUUUCGUGCUUGGAUGAUAAUCGUUUUUUUUUUUUGGCGAGAAGAGGGUUCAAAUAGCACACACUCUAAUAGAGGCAGCCGAGGUAGCCAAAACAACAUCGGUAGCAAACAAACAACGAAUGAAUGAUUCAAAUGGAAAGCAACAUAACAAUAUCGACGAGGAAGUAACCAACCAUCUACUCUGUUUGGAUAAAUUACAUAUAUUCCAAUGUAGAAAUUGUUACCAAAAUCCGAAACUGCUGUUAUAAUCUCUUGCCAAAAAAGUGAAUCAUAUCAUGUCUUCAUCAAUCAAAGUUGCUGUUAGGGUCCGUCCCUUUAAUUCGAGGGAAGAAGACAUGGGUGCCACAUGUAUUGUGGAAAUGGAAAAUAAGAAAUCACGCCUAUACAAGCCCAAACAUCAAAUUCAACGCGAUGCUGGACGAGAGAACUAUCAUGAUUUCACUUUCGACUAUUCCUAUUGGUCUUUUGACAAGAAUGAUAAGCAUUUUGCUACCCAGGAGCAAGUCUAUGACGACCUGGGAACGGAUGUAAUUGACUGUGCUUUUCAAGGCUACAAUGCCUGCGUGUUUGCGUAUGGCCAAACGGGCUCUGGAAAAACAUUUACAAUGAUGGGUACAUCGGAUAACCCCGGACUGAUACCUCGAAUUUGUUCCGAACUUUUUGCUCGAAUGCGUGUUGGCCAAGAAUCAGGGACUGGGUAUAAGACACACGCUAGUUAUUUGGAAAUUUACAAUGAGCGUGUGAAAGAUUUACUUGGGCCCCAAACUAGUGGUCAUGGCUUAAGAGUUCGAGAACAUCGAACUUUGGGUCCCUAUGUAGAAAAUUUGUCACAACAUUCGGUGGCUGAUUUUGAUGAGAUCCAGGAAUGUAUAACUCGUGGCAAUAUACAACGCACAACAGCCAGUACGAACAUGAAUGAUACCAGUAGUCGAAGUCAUGCGAUAUUCACCAUCACUUUUGUUCAGGCGGGUUAUAUGAACGACAUGCCCAGUGAAACGGUAUCCAAAAUUCAUUUAGUGGACCUGGCAGGAAGUGAAAGGGCUAAUGCCACUGGGGCCACAGGGCAACGUUUAAAAGAGGGAGCCCACAUUAACAAGUCUUUGGUUACUUUAGGCAGUGUUAUUUCUGCUCUGGCCGAGCAGAGUAACUCCAACACUACCAACGGAAGUUCUUCAAAGCGUGUACUCUAUAUACCCUACAGAGACUCUAUCCUAACUUGGUUGCUGAAAGAUAGCUUGGGAGGCAACAGUAAAACAAUUAUGAUUGCAGCAUUAUCGCCUGCCGACUGCAACUAUAGUGAAACACUAAGCACACUGCGAUAUGCCAACCGGGCUAAGAAUAUUAUUAACAAGCCAACAAUCAAUGAGGAUCCAAAUGUUAAGCUUAUUCGAGAGUUGAGAGAUGAAAUAAACAAACUAAAAGCAAUGCUUUCCGGUGAUAUUCAAGCGUUACAACCUUCCCUUAAAAUGUUGGAAGAUUUGCAGAAAAAGGAGGCCCAAGAGAAGGUUCUCACCGAAGAAUGGACUGAAAAGUGGAAAGAGGCCCAGUCCAUUCUCCAGGAACAAAAGAGUUUGGGGCUAAGAAAAUCUGGAGUUGGUGUCGUCCUGGACUCGGAAAUGCCCCAUCUCAUAUGUAUUCACAACGACAUUACUACCGGCGUCACUCUGUACAGCCUGAAAGAGGGCGAAACCACUAUAGGCACUGACGAAGCCGAAAUACCGCAAGACAUUGAGCUGUGCGGCGACGGAAUACGUCCGAACCAUUGCAGUAUUAUUUUAAAAGAUGGAAUAUGUACGUUACAUCCUCGGCCGCUGGCUCAGUGCUGGCUAAAUGCACAUUUGAUCGAUGAACCGACAAAUAUAUGCCAGGGCGACAUUAUAUUACUUGGUCGCACGAAUAUCUUUCGAUUUAACAACCCCACAGAGGCAGCCAGGUUACGCAAGGAAUACAACCGCUCUCAGUUGGAUAUGUCCCGCCUCUCCCUUAUUACGUCAUCGCGUGAAAACUUGCUAACUUCCAGUUUCUGUUUAGACGACGACUCAAACACUUCGAUGAGCGGCAGCCUAAUUUCCUCGCCACUUAAAAGAAGCGAUAAGCAAUAUUACCCUACCAAGCCAAUGUCUAGAGACGAUCCCGAACUACAGGAUGAAAAUCGUAAAAUUUUGGAGACUAUUGAAAAUGCCUUAAAACAAUUGAAUAUUGAACGUGUUCAAAUGCACGAUCAGUACAAGACAAAAGUACAAAAACUGACCGACGAACUUAAACGCCUUGAAAAAGAAGAGAAGAAUAGUCUGGAACUAUUAAAGUGUCGAGAAGAAGAGCUCCUAGCCCGCAAGGAUAUGUUACUUUGGGAGAAGAACAAUGAGAAAGUGCAGAUUGAUAUAGUGUGUAGACAAAUUUCCGCCUUACAAACUCAGCUCGACUCGAAAAAACGCGAUUUUUCGGAGUAUGUAGCAAAAGAGUUGCAGGAACUCCAAGAUUGUGGAAAAUUGGAUGAGAUUGGAAUUAAAGUGGAUACUUCGACCCCUUUGACAGACGACUUGUUGCUGCAAGCUGCAGACUCCCUCGACUUAUUCGCUUCACAGUUCAUUAAAGAUACGGUGAAAAGAAACAAUGAAGAUAUUCAUCGCUUGGAUGAGCAAAUUGCAGAAAAAGAAUCCAUGCUUAAUACAAGCACUGCCAAGAUAGCUCACGUCGACGAGAGCCUUUUACAAAUCGAGGAAGAGUUGCUAACUUUAUUCUCGGAACGUAAAGAGAAGGAGUUAGAACUUGACACCCUGAACAAGAAAAAGGAUAGUCUUCAAUUGCAAUUGAGCAAAAGAUAUACAACCGAUAUGAAUGUACAGACGGAAAAUGAUGUGUCACAUUCAGAAACUUAUGAAACCACGUGCGACACCUUUCACACUGCACAGACAAAUUGUUCCAAUCUGGGCUCACCUACAAUCGCCGAAGAUGACAUCACACCCCUUAGCAAUUGCACCCUAUCAUCUGGGGAGAUUGAGGAUGAUGAUACGAUCUCUGACUCGGGUAUUCGCAAGUCAAAAACGUCGUCGCCCACAUCUUCGGACACUAAUAGUACAGAGCCAAAUUCGAAAGUUAGUGCGGCCAAAUCAUUAGCACCUGUAUCAGAUGCUAUUAUGAGUGACAGUGGCGUUUGUUUGGACUCUAUGAGACAUAUUAACUCACUGCAGACUGGCGCUAUUAGUGGCAUAACUAAUAGUAGCUGUGGUGAAGUUGCUGAUAUUGCAGUUUGUAAUUCGGAUGAUGAAACUGGGUCCUGUUCAUCGUGCGAAAUGAAUACCAACGCCGAAGGUUUGCAGUCUUCCUGUCCAAUGCACAAUCUAAGAUGUAAGAUUGCCGCUCAAAAGGCUUUGAUAAUGAAAAAUCUCGAAAUGAAUGUAAACAAGGCCGAGUUGGAUGAGCAGAUUGCCGAAUUACAAGAACUUCAGAAGCGCUACGUCAAGAUGGAGAGACAUGCCUUGGAACAUGCUAACAACACGGAAGAUCAUCAUCUUUGUUGUCAAACCAUGCAGGAAUAUGAUCCGAACGAGGAAGACAAUAAUGACAGUAACACCCAAAUGUCACAUAUGACGAUGUCAACCAUGACUAGAUCGUGGCCUUCAUCGAUUCGAGACGAAUUUUCUGAGACUGAACAUAUUAUUACCGUGCCCACAUUUGUAAUACGAGGAGCUGGGAAGCAAACGCACUAUGAAUAUGAAGUACGCAUAGUUUUGCCAGACGGAAAAUUAAAUAUACUACGGCGCUACAGCCGUUUUAGAGAACUCCAUAUGAGUAUGAAGAAUAUUUAUGGAGCAAAGGUUGCUGCAUUGCCUUUUCCUCGUAGAGAACUAUUUGCUUCCAACAGUGAAGCUGUAGCAAAACAUCGUCGGCGUUUAUUGGAGCUGUACUUGCGACGCCUCUUGGUCGUAUGUUCAAGAAUACCACAAAGCCCAAUUUACGAAGGACCAGGCGCGCCCGGUCUAUCACGAAUGACGUUGGCUCAGCUCUCGCCGUUCUUUAAGAAGGGUCUCUUCGAAAAUGGCAGGCACGGGACGGGAUAAUAGUUACCCUACUGCUAAAUUAUCUCUUACCUACAGUGUGUCUUCUUAUUUAUUUCUAUUAUUUGUUAAGUUACAUGUCACAAUCAUGAAAUGAAUGGCGGAGCCUUCAUUAGAUCCCUACAUUGCAGUUGUAAUAAGCUCUAAUUUGAACCCAUUAGUUUUAAGAAAGCAAUCUUAUCGCCUCGUAUUGGGUCUUCCUGAUAUGUUUAGUGACAGUUUGUCGAUUGACGAUGAAUAUGGCUUGUAUUUAAAAUAUUUUAUUAUUUUUUAAUGUGAAAACCAAUAAAUAUUUGUAUGUUUGCGUAA